AUGGCCGUUCUGACGGAUGAGCAGCUCUCCAACCUAAAGCUGUACAAGUACUCGAGCAUUGACAAGUCGUUUUUAACGAAAUAUGUGCUUCGUCAUUACUGGGAUGUCUGUAUCAAGUUGUUUCCUUUAAACAUGGCACCCAACCUCAUUACAUUGACUGGCUUGAUGUUUAUGAUCUUUAAUGUCAUCCUUGUCUUUAUCUAUGUACCCACCAUGGAAGCUGAGGAUGCAGGACCUGCUUGGAUUUACUUUUCAUUUGCACUUGGGUUGUGGCUCUACUCCACCUUUGAUAAUGUGGAUGGCCGUCAAGCCAGAAGAACAGGUACAUCCAGCCCGUUGGGCGAGUUAUUUGACCAUGGCUGCGAUGCCAUCAAUUGCUCAUAUGCUGCCAUCAUUCAAAUGUCUGCUCUGGGGCUAGGACACACGCACAAGGCUGUUAUCAUUUAUGCGAUUGCUACCACUGGAUUCUAUCUAUCGACCAUUGAAGAGUAUCACACAGGCACAUUGUAUCUCGGCUAUAUCAAUGUCCCCACUGAAGGUGUGUGUUUGUUAUGCAUCAUGUAUAUCAUCUCUGGUAUCUACGGCCCCAUGUUUUGGAAACAGACAGUGGGAUCCGUCUUUAGCCAAGUGCCUUCUUUUAUGCAAGCAUUGACAUUGAGCGAUGCUUACAUUUGGUUCAUUGGUAUCAUGUUUUUGGUGACUCAUGUGCCCAUGUGUUUUUAUGCCAUGUACAAGGCCUGUCGUCAAAAGGGUAAACCGUUUAUUCGUAGCAUGUUGUACGACAACUGGCAAAUCACAUUAUAUACCGUCUCCUUCUACCUCUGGGUCACUUCGCCUUAUUCCUUCAUCCUGUCUCAUGAACACUAUGCCAUCUACUUGUUGGCUGUCGGUAUCGUGUUUGGUCGCAUCUGUUCAAAGAUCAUCUUGGCUCAUUUGACCAAGUCUGAAUCACCUUUGCCCACAGGCUUGCUGAUCCCCUUGGUGUUGGGUGCCAUCAUCACCAACUUGCCAUUGUACACCAACAUGGACCCCAUCUUUACGCCUCAGUCAGAGUACGUGUACUUGGUCUGUUAUUUCGUGUUGGCACUUGUAUUUUAUCUUCGUUGGGCUGUGCUUGUCAUUGACAGCAUCUGCACCUAUCUUGGUAUCCGUUGUUUGGUGAUUCCUGAUCAACAUACAAAAUAUCAAUAG